UCAUGUCACAAUCCUAUUUUUCUGGUCUUAUGAGUUGGUAUAUAUACAUAAUUGAAUAACUUAGGGUGAAAAAGCAUAAUGGUAAUAACCAAUUAGUUAUUGGUCAGAGAUCCAUCAGCCUAUUUAUCAUAAAGAUGUAUUUGCAUGAUCGACUAGUACAGAAAUCCUAAUACAAAUUGAAUUCAAACUAAUCAAUUCAAUUCAAGGAUUCCAUCUAAUAAAUAUGUUAAAUCUCAGAAUACAAUUAAAAAAAUAAUUUCGAAGAAGUACAAAAUCAGUUUUAUUUCUUAGAAACUAUUAUCUUAACUUACUCUUGUAGAUUAAGAUGAAAUAUUUGAUACUAUUUGUAUCAGAGGAGAUAUGAUUGAAAUAAUCACUUUGUUGAGAGAUUGUUCUAAUGGGAAGGCAUUUACAGAGUAAUUGAAGAUUAUUGAAAAUAAUAAGUAGUUAAAGGUUCAAGAUGCUAGUUGGUUUGAUUCUACUUAACCUUAAAGUUGUCUUAAUUGGAUAAUAAAUGAAUUUGAAAAGUAAGUAACUUUGCUCUAUUAUAAACACAUUAAUUUCAUUAAUCAUUAAUGCAUUUAAUAAUAUUGGAUAAACAAUGGAAAUAAUAUAAGGAAAAAAGUAACUGAUUGUAUUUAAAAUGUCAUUAAAAUAGAUCAAAAUAUUCUUCUUUAAUAAUAUUCUAAUUUCAUUAAGGAUCAUUCAAUCAAUCUUUAAAACAUUCUUAAUAAGUUUAAUGAUAAUUAAAUUGAAUCUAUAUUCUAUUUACCAUUACAUAAUGCUUUAACUCUUUAAAGUGUUUGUGAAAAAUUGGUGCUUUAAAUAAUUAGAGAAUCAUAUAAAUAAUCAAUAUUAUAGGAAUUAGAAUGUUUAACAAAGAAUGAUUAAAAUUUACAACCACAAUAAGUAUCAUAAUAGAAAUUAAAGAAAAAGAAGAAAUAAAAUAAAUAAAAAAAGUUAGUACAAUAAACAACAUAGAAUUAAUUGCCUAUUGUUAUUUAGAAAGAGUAAGAAAAUUUAGAUGUUAUUACUGAUGAUAAUUAAGACACUGAAGAUUGGAUUAUAGUGACUAAAAAUAAAAAAUAGAAAUGUCCUAAUCAUAUUAAUCAAACUUGUUCAAAUAAAGAUAAAUAAUAGAGUAUAGAAUAAUAAGAACAAUAAUCUUAAAUAAAAGAUAAUAAGAUUUCAAUGGAAAUUGAGGAAAUAAGUAAGAAUAACAUUCAAUAAUAAUCAUAAUAAUAAGAUAUAAUGUAAUAAUAAGAGUAAUAAUUAACAUAAUCAGAUUAAUAAAUAUAAUAAAAAUAAUCAGAUUUAUAAUAAUAAUAAUAAUAUGAUUAGAAUUUAAGUACACCUGAAAAGAAAAAGUUAAUUAGAAAGAAUUUAGUGUUACCUAAGAAGGUUGAAUAAAAUGAAGAUCUUAUUGAUGAAAAUCUUAUGAAUCAAUCCUUUUAAUAAAUGAUCAAAAAAUUAGAUCUUGAUAUUAAAGAAUUUAUAGAUUAAAUAAGAAGAGAAAAUGAUUAACAAUUUCCAAUUAGAUAGCUAAUUUUUAACAGAAUUCAAUUCACAAUUUAAUUAUUAUUUAAAGAUGCUGGUGUAUUUCUAUUUGGAUCAUGUGCAACAAGAUUGGCACUCCCUGAUAGUGAUAUUGAUAUUGGAAUCACUGGUCUGGAAACUCAUUUAUUAAACUAAAAAAUGGAUAUUAUAAUUGAAUUCUUAUGUAAAAUGAAUUGGAUUAAACGUAUAAAGUAUAUUCAUUUAUUAAUAUUAGACCUAUCUAUCCUACAUAAAAUACUUUACCUCUUAUAAAAUUAUGGGUUGAUCCUAGUAUUCCAUUUAGAAAUGGAAAUAUGAACUUACCUCAUAUAGAUCUUGUUUGCCAAUCAUAAUUGAUUUAAGUAGAUAUUAGUUUCUUUGGACACAUAUAACAUUAAGGAUUGACAUCAACAGAACUCACUUGCUAUUGGCUCUAAGAAUAUUAAGAGUUAAAAACUAUCACUCUUGUAUUUAAAAGUUUACUUAAAAAGAGAGGAUUAAAUGAUUAAUCUAAAGGUGGAAUUUCAUCGUUCUGUUUAGUACUAAUAGUUGUGGCCUUUCUGGAGUACUAUUAUUAAUAAAACGCUGAAUUUCAUUCAAUUGGAUUGGCAACAUAUAAAUUUCUAGAAUUUUAUGGAACCAAAUUCAAUCCUCAUUCUAUGGGAAUAUUUUAUAAAGGCUUUGACUAGAAGUAUUCAUUUUAUUAAUCAUUAAUAGUCCAUUUUUUUAUUUGGAAAAAGAGGACUUCUAGUUAACAAUAAUUAGUCCUAUUACUUAUGAUAUCAUUAGUCAGAGUAGUUCAUUUGUAUAGACUAUACUUUAAGAUAUCAACGGACUAUUCAAUGCAUGUGAAAAUGAAACUAAAUUCUUCUAUGAGAAAGCUAAAUUUAAUAAGAAAAAGAGAGGAAAGAAAGAGGAACGUAAUUUAUUUUAUAAGGAAUUUGCAAAACUUACACCACUAUUUAGUACUUGAUUAUAUAUAUAAAUAUUAAAUUGAAUGAGUACACCAAUUAAGAUUGUGAUGCUUGGAGAGGGUGAGUCAUAUUGAUUUAAUCUUUAGGCAGAGUAGGAAAGACUUGUUUAACUUUGAGAUAUUGUUAAGAUCAAUUUAAUGAGAAUUAAGAAUCAUCAGUCAAUGCCACAUAUUUUGAUAAAGUUGUAGACCUUGGAGGUGGUAAAGACAUUAAAUUGGCAAUCUGGGUAUUUAAAUAUUUAAUUUCUAAAGGACACUGCCGGUUAAGAAAUAUUUCAUGCAUUGACCACAGUAUAUUAUAGAGAUGCAUAUGGAGCUGUACUUGUUUAUGAUGUCACUUAUAAAGAAUCAUUUCUUAAAGUACAACAUUCAAAUCUACUUAUAGGUAGAAAAAUGGGUAGAAGAGUUAAGACAAUUUGGAACUAAAGAUAUUUCAAUUGUUGUUGCAGGAAAUAAAUGUGACAUGAAAAAUUAAAUGUAAAUUGAUAAAAACGAAGUCGAAGAAUAUUGCAAAAAGAUUGGAGCAAAACAUUUCUUUACUUCAGCCAAAGCUGGGAUUGGAAUUACUGAAUUAUUUAGAUCUUUAGGCGAAAGUAUACAUUAAAUUAACUUAGGCAUCUCAAUCAAAGUCUAGGCUUAAGAAAGCAAAGGCAAGAAAAAGAAAGGUCUCUAAAUCAAAGAUGUUAAAGACACUAAGAAAUCAAACUCAAAAAAUGAUGGAUGUUGUUGAA